GCGCAUGUGUCCUUCAAACCAAGCCUGGCCCAGCAACGGAAGUGCUCCCAUUGCACCACUACAGCUGUGGAGGGCAAUCUUGUGGUGACCUAUGAUGUCAGCAGGAAUGAAACAGCUGGAGAGCUGGAGAUCUUCAAUGGGUAUUUUGUCCACUACUUUGCUCCCGAUGACUUGGAUCCUCUGCCAAAAAACAUCCUGUUUGUCAUCGAUGUCAGCGGUUCCAUGUGGGGAAUAAAAAUGAAACAGACCGUCGAAGCUAUGAAGACUAUCCUGGGUGAUCUCCGAUCUGAUGACCAGUUUUCUAUCCUGGACUUCAACCACAACGUCCGGUGCUGGAGGGACAGUUUGGUGCAAGCCUCCAAAAUCCAGACAGAAGCAGCCAAGAAGUAUGUUGAAAGCAUCCAUCCCAAUGGAGGAACCAACAUCAACGAUGCCCUUCUCCGGGCCAUGUUUAUUUUAAAUGAAGCCAAUACUUUGGGGAUGCUGGAUCCAAAUUCUGUCUCCAUGAUAAUAUUGGUUUCGGAUGGAGACCCAACUGUUGGAGAACUAAAGCUGCCAACGAUUCAGAAAAAUGUGAAAAAGCAUAAUCGGGAUGACAUUUCUUUGUUCUGUCUUGGAAUCGGCUUUGAUGUGGACUAUGAUUUUCUGAAGAGGUUGGCGACUGAAAACAACGGAGCCGCACAACGGAUCUUUGGGAAUCAAGAGACUUCUUCCCAAAUGAAGAAAUUCUACAACCAGGUUUCUACUCCACUUCUCAAAAAACUGGACUUCAACUAUCCUAAAGGCUUGGUGUCUGAUGUAACCCAGAGCGCCUUCCAACAUUAUUUUAAAGGGUCAGAGAUUGUGGUGUCAGGAAAAGUUGACACUGAAAAUGUACAGCAUUUACAGAGCGUGGUGACAGCCACAGCGUCCAACACGCAGUUAAUCUUGGACACUCUGGCAAAUGUUGAAGGAUUGGAUGAGUUCCUGGACAAGGAUAAGCACGCUGAUCCCAAAUUCACGGAAAAGUUGUGGGCCUACCUGACUGUCAACCAACUCAUGGCGGAAAGGUGA